GGGUGAGUUGUUUUGAAUGCAGCUCGCUUUAGACGAAGGAGUUGCCCUCUCUCUGAACAGCAUCAAAUUUAUGAUCACCUCAGACAAGAGAGAUUAAAAAGAUAGAUGUUAAAUCCGCCGCUUGAAGCGUUAAUUUAAUUAAAAUGCAAACGUUCAGAACAGUUUGUAAUAACUUUAUAAUGUGGGAGUCGCUCUGAGCUGUGAUUAUUAUCCACGGAUGGACCUGGUGCCUGUCGGCUGAAGCAUCAUUUACAAUCCGCGGUGAGACUGACGAGGCGGGACCGCCGACAGCAGGAUGGUGGAGCGGUCGGACCGUGCCCCUCUGCUGGACUGGGAGGAGGUUCCGUCCGCGGAGAAGCCCGGGGAAGCAAGCGGCAAGGACCGACUGGCGAGCCCCUCCAACAGUCGCCUGUCACCGGGAUGCUCCGCGCCGGGGUUUGGGUGGAGCAGCGGUCCGGGGGGUCCCACUCCCAGCAGGUCCGUCUCCGACGCAGACGGCUGCAGCGCCCCACCCGCGACCUCCGGCGACCCAGCGGGCAAGGAUGAGGAGCUGCACCCCGUCAGCGAGGAGCAUCUGUCGGAUUCAGACUCGAGGGAGGUGACGCUGGAGGACAGGAUGGUGAGAUGGGAGGAAAAGGACCAGAUCGUGUCUGUCUUUGUGGUUACGUUCAACACCAGAACAGGUGGGGGUUUAAAAUAUACAACACGACAAUUAACGCACAGCUUCGUUUGAUGAAAAACAGAAUAUCAUGUUUAUUUCUCGUCUGAUGAAUCAGGUCUAACGCCCUGUCUGAAGUCUGCGAACCCCCUCUUACAGGUGUGGCCCUUUUGACCUGGUCUCAUGCUUUUCUCCCGAUCCGAUUCUUCUACGAUCCGAUUUAAAUCGCGAUUCUACAAUAUUGUCGAUUUUCCCGAUUUUUAGUCUUCACUUUUAACACCAGUGAAACAGUUGAAUGAUUAUGAUUGCCUACUGACUAUUCCAGGAACCAUAUUUCCCCAAAGAAUACACAUCACAUGUAAGUCAGUUUUCUAAGAUUUAAUUCUUAAAUUUGAAAAAAAUAUCGAUUUUUGAACAUAAAAAUCGAUUUAACCCUCCUCCUGUGUUAGGGUUUGCACCAACCUGUUUUUAAAUGCUUAAAAGAACCACUUAAAUUAGCUUUUUUGCAUCAAGACUUUUUGACUUUGUCAGGAACCUCGAUUUUAACAAAAUAAAAAAAAAAAUAGACUUUAUUAUAAUAUGCUCUUAUUAAAAUCAUGGCACUUGUUGUGUUAGCUGUUGACCCAGUUAGAUCAAUAUCUAAUGAUAAGAGCAAAAACUGAAAUCAUUAGUGCACUGUCAAAUUGUGUGAUAGAGAAUUGUUUUGAGUGUAAUUUGUAGACACGGGUCAAAAGCGACCCUCAACAUAGUGGUUGCGCAGUAAAAGCUAACACAGUAGGAAGGUUAAAAAUUGUGAAACAAAAAAUCACGAUACUUAUGUAAAUCGAUUUUUUCCCCCACCCCUAUUAUCUUCAGAGACACGAUUCAAAGAUGUAACACUCAUACAGAACAGACAUGUCAAUAUCACCGGACAAGUUCUGUGAUGGAAAUCAAUCAGCUGGUUCAAUUUGCAGAGUGGGCCUAUUUAUUUUUAAUGAGGGGCAUGUUAAAGACACAAUUUGAAACAGAAGCCCAUCUACUUAGCAGGAGGACCAAUCAAUUUAAGAAACCGAGACCUGGCUUUCUUCCAUACAGGGUGGAGUUUUGCAUAUAUAUGACUCUGCAACAUGGCAGGUUUAGGAUAAAGUGUUUCACUUUUUGAAUUUCUUGCAAAUAUUAUUAAAUGUGCAUAUCUUUAACAUCCCCUGGUGUGGAAGUAGAAUCUUUACUCCGCUGUUUUCAUCAGGUCAUACAGGUCUGAUGGGUCUUUGCAGCAGAGGCCUCAAUUUAGACUGCAGGUAGAUUAGGCAGAUCAAUUCCUGGUCUGUACGGUCAAUAUUGUUGCCCUCAGUUCACUUAUGAGCCAACACAGCUGCCUUGACUCUAAAAAAAGGAUUCCCUGAAAAAAGACACGAAAUAUUAAUAUGAAAUAUUACAGAAAAGUUGUCCGAUAUACAUCAUUACCCCCUUAAAUCAACAAUCCACAUUAAAAACACCAUGAAUCAGCGAAUGUACUUUACAUUUCUUGUUGUUUUUAAUCAGUUCGGUAGCUUUUAGUUCAGUCUUUUUGGUAAUUUCAGCAAAGACAGUUUAACUGGGAAGUUUACAAAUGAGCAGGGUUCCUAUGCAAGUAUGGAAAGUAUGAAAAAGUAUGGAAGUAAUUUAAUCAAUUGCCAGGUCUUAAAAAGUAUGGUAAAUGAAAAUAAAGUGGAAAAAUAUUUAGGUUUCCAGACUUUUACCACAGUUAAAAAAAACAGUUUUCUAAAAUAGAAAAGAAGCUAUUUCCAAAAAUAAAAGAAAAGUAUGGAAAUUCCAACUAUGUAGGAACCCUGAAAUGAGAUUAAAAGAAAUGAAUGUAGAAAUGUCUUCUGUAUUUCAACAAGCCGUGACCUUUAAAUACUAGUCUUACUGUUCAGGGAAAAUAAUGAGAGGUAAAAAACUUGUCUGAGAGGUGAAAUUGUGUCAGGGAUGUUGAGCUGCAGGUGGUUUAUGGUCUCAGCGAAGGGUGCAGAUCUACAAACUCAAUCUGAUGUGAUCAACUAAUACUCCUGCAAAAAUAUCCUUGGUGGUUGCCUGCUGCUAAUAAUUAUAAUGAGAGUCUUACUGGCUUGGCUGAGUCACCUUCUCUGUCUCCUCGUUCUUAUCAGGCUGUAUUAGCUCAGCUGCUGCUCGAGCAUCAGAGUAGGACUUAAUGAAUCCCAAAGAAUCCAGACCGGCUGUGUCACUGUUAUUUCAUGGGCAUAAAAAGAAACUGUGAUGAUAUAUUGUGUCUGGUCUCGUAUCAGCGUAUUUCCUGCUCGCUCGUGGGAUUCAAUAUUAUUUCCCUUGUUGUGUGGGUGUGGGUGGAUGGAUAGGAAACAUGCUGGAGUGGUGUCUGCCCAAAGACAUGGACCUGGAGGGAGUGGAGUUCAAAGCCAUCGCCAGCGGCUCCCACAGAGUCACCACAGACUUCAUGUAAGUGUGAGCAUGAUCACUUCAAGCAAAUAAGAAGACGUUGUUCUGAAAGCGAAGGAUGUAAACAAGUGGAGGAAGCUACUUUAAGAUAUUAAGAUGCGGCUCCAUGUCCUCCUCCUGGCUGGACAGAGAGACAGAAAGCGUUGCCCGGCAAAAAAAAAAAAAAGGCCAGCCAUCUGGCAGUGUCUUUUUCUCUUCGUGACUCAUGGCUUCAUUUGUCUCCAUCUUUCUCUCCUCUCCUCUCUGUCCGCAGAUACUUCCGGAAAGGCAGCUACUUUGGCCUUGCCUGCUUUGCCAACAUGCCGGUGGACAGCAUGGUAGAGAGGGGGGCGAGGAUGAAGUCGGUGGGGAUACUGUCUCCUUCAUACACCCUUCUCUACCGCUACAUGAGCUUUUUGGAGCACCAGGUCAGGUAAGAAGAGCUGGUUUCUACGACAGACUGAGAAUUUCAACUUUUCUUGACCCUAGGGGACAAACUAUUUUUCUAAUAUUACCUCUGUUAUUAUGUGUAAAUGAAUUAAUUUCAAGUCCAACAUAAACACGUAACAAGCUGAGAUGACUAUUUAUUUCAGACUGAAAUGGGAUAAUUGGUGUAAUUACAAUAAAAUGCUGUAUUUCAACAAAUGCAAAACACUUACAAUCCACUUAUGAUUUCUUUGCACCCUUUUAAUCAUUUGUUUUCAUUAGUGUCACAUCCUAAGAGUUGUUAGCCGCAGCUCGCUCUUUAUUACACCCACCCCUACUCUCUCUGGUCCCCCUCGCCGUUCUCCCUCCCCUCCCACAGUUCCCACACUCUGUCCUCUCCUGGCGUCCAGUCAUGCACCGGUCAUGCUCCUUACUCAUCAUUCUCGGCGUCGCUCGCUCCAGAUUCCCCAUCUGCUGACUGGCAUGGUCGUUUUAUAAAAGGGCGCUCUGUUGGUCAUGAGACGGUCCAAAUCUUCAGGAAUUUUAAAGAAAAUUUCACAUUUCCCUCUUUUCUUUUCCUUUUCUUGUAUUUCUCUUUUCAUGAGGGAUGACACUUUUACAGUUAUCAAUAAAGCUUUUAAAUAAAAUCUAACAUGUUUAAACAUUACAAGAAACUUACUUUGUGCACAGCUCAUCUUCCUCUGAACUUUUGCAGCACAUUUCUCAGACUGACAUUUAGCUCGCAGCACCAGUGGCGGUUCAGUCGAGUUCAUCCUAUUGUUACUUGACGGGUGUCUCCAGGCUAAAUUGAAAUGUAGUACAAAGAGAUGCAACAGAUGACUUGAGCCACAAAACACUUUUUUUUCUGCACUGAUUAGUGACUGUUAACUGCAUUCGUUCCACAUUUUUGUUCUUCGUUUUGCUGAAGUCAUGUUGAAAGAUUAAGUCGAAUAAUUAAGAUUCGUACCUCUUCCAAGGUGCAGGAGCAGUUCCAAUUAAAUGGGUCUGCCGUGCUCCAAGCUUUUAAUACUGCUCAGAUGGGAGAAGAUUUAGGAGAGAGGAGGGAAAGCAGAGGAGCUACAUGUGACAGUACACAACAUUAACCUUCAUGGAGGUCGAGCUCGCUGUACAUCCUGAUAAAGAUCUUCAGUAUAAAGCAUGUCUUGUGCAACAUGUUACUGACGAGGGCGGAUCUGUUGGAGGGUUUGUGAUGCAGAAAGCAAGUCAAGUUCAACUGGUUUAAUUGUUCGGUUUGAGUUGAGAUCAGAGUUCUCAGAUUGGACUGAAACUAAGUUGAUGUUUGUGACUUUGUUUACUAAAAGCAAUUAUUUAAAUCUGAAGCUCAAAGUUACAACUGUUCCGCAAAUUUUUUAGUUUACUGUCUCUGUUUACUUCCAUUUUGUGUCUACUUCACCAGGCUCCAGCUCCAGUCCCCUGGUCACUACUCACCCCUGGAGGCCUUUUAUGAGGACAAGAGAGCACUUUUGCCACCUGGUGGUGAUGGUGUUGUUACUGCGUGCCCAGCUAAUGCCUGGGGAGCUGCGAUCAACCAUAGUAUGCACCCUGAGAUGAAGGUAGGAGGAUAUAGAAACUACCACCUGAAAUAGCAGCAGCCAGCGUCUCUGUCUGUGAGAUGGAGAGGAGUUUUUUUGUCCCGGUGUGUUUGUUUGUAACUCUCUGUGUUUGGAUUAGAUCACCCACCCUGCAGGCUGCAUGUCCCAGUUCAUCCGCUUCUUCGGCGAGCAGAUCAUGGUGCUUUGGAAACUGGCGCUCCUCCGCAGACGCAUUCUUAUCUUUUCUCCUCCACCUGUGGGCGUGGUCUGCUACAGAGGUGAGAGGCAUGGUUAAACAAUUGUAUCUUUACAUCAGUAACUUAUUCUGAACAAAUUUUACACACUUACUGCAGGUUUAAAUUAUUGCAAGAAACAAUAUUUGGCUUAAAGCUCCUGUGAGGAGUUUUUCAACUUCUACAAAAUAGACUGUAGUUUGUCAAACAUACAUUGGGUUAUCUCUCAGUGUGGUUGUAGUACUUUAGAUAUGUUAUGGUAAUGCUCUUGCAGUUCCUCUCCAGGUACAUUAGUGUUGGUCAGUCUAUACAUGUAAUUCACCACACCACCCUUCUCCUAUCAUUUUCUAAUUUCUCCCUCCACCCUUUAAGUGUACUGCUGCUGUUGCCUGGCAAACAUCUCCAUCCCUGGGAUCGGCGUGGCUGUCCCCGAGUUUCGCCCCUUCUUCUAUGUUAAUGUGGCUGACAUCAGCGCGCUGGAGAAUGAGCUCUCCUAUGUAGCAUGUAAGCAGAAGCUCCAUAUACUGUAACAGUUGUAUAUAGGCUUUUUCUCACCUAUCACAGAUACGAUCGCUGUUUCAAACCCUGUGUAUGUUUGAUGUGCAGGCACUACUGAGAAGAUCUUUGAGGAGAAGAAGGAUCUGUACGACGUUUACGUAGACAAUCAGAAUGUAAAGACCUACAGAGACGGCCUGAAGCCUCUGCUCCGCCUCAGCAGUGCCGACAGGGAGAAAUACCGCAAGCUUACGGAGCAGAGGUAGGUAACGCCGCAAAGCAACAGCAUUAUUUCUUAACAUCGAGAGCAAAAACUCACAAAAGACACUGAUAAUAUAUGUGGCGUGGUAGAAUAAUGAAAAGUACACUCUUACCCAAAUAUUUCAAAGGAAAAGCUACAAAAUAUUGUGUUUUUGUUUGUAGGCAGAUGUUACUUUACUCUCAGGAGGAGAAUGGCGACUGUGUGUCGAGCGAAGAAGAUCUCUUCAUUCUGUAAGUCCAAUCCAGUUCACUUAGAAAUCCAGGAGAGGACAGUCAGCUUAGACUCUUAAAAUUAAAUCAGACGGAUAAUGAAGCCAACAAGAAUCUUGUGACCAUCCUCCUCCUCAAAUGACACUAGAAUGUAGUAGGAAAGCAAUAAACAAAUUACUAAUUCCUCAAAGAAAGACUAAAAUUUCCCUCUUUUUCAGGUUUUUCCUGGAGCAGAACAACAGGAUCUUUCAGACCCUCAGUGAAGUGGCAGGGAGCUCCGAUCCAACUCUGACCCAGGAGAGCGUCAGGGCCAUGGGCCUCGAUCCCCACGGAGACAGGCUCUUCCUGCUUCACCUGCUGGAGAUCUACGGCUACGACAGCUUGAUGGUAUCGGAGCAACUGUGCUGCAGUUGAGACGCAGUAGACUGCUGUCUGUCUGCCUUUACUCUCUGCUGGUUUUCAAAAGGCGGUUGACCUUUGAGUGCUGCACUACGGGCUUUUGGGACUCUUCAGGACUGUUUUAGCCUGGAGGGAUCACUCUGGUAUAUUUUGUUGUUCCUCUUCCUGUACUUAUUUUGUUCACUGUGGUUCUGCUCCUUCACAACCUGAUGGCAACAGUAAUAGUUAGUCUUCUGUUCAGUAAACCAGAGUACUGUGGGUGGUUUUAAGGUGGUACGGGAUCACGGAUACUCACCAAGUGAUUCCCUUAGCUGUGGAGAUGGCAGGUCCGAACCCAAGAGGAUGAUAUCGGAUGAAUACUGGAGUUGCCUGAGACAAACUCGGAUAUCAAGCUGAAUGACAAAGAAAGAAGAGAGGGACUCCCUCCAUAAUGAAUGCAGGGAUUUGGAGAUUUUCUAUGAACAAAACAAAAACUACUGAUGUACGAAUGAGAGGUCGCCUUCCUGUAAAAACUCCUGUUUUCUCCUUUAUGUACAGUGUGUCAGUGUAUCGUGCGAUACCAGGUCUGCCUCUCUGCCAGUGUUGCUGUCCUUGUAUCAAGUGCUGGAUUUGUACAUCUCAUACUUAAGCCUCUAUUCCCAAAUCAGGGACUCUUUUUUUUAUUCUUAUUCAUGACAAGUGCGUCCUUUGAGUUUUGAGAAACAUGUCUGUAAGCACUGGUGCAAAUAGGGCUUUUAUUUUGGGCUACACUCAGACCAAAUCAGACUAAAGUGACACUAAGACUAUUUGAAAAUGGCUCAUUUGCACCAGGACAGUGCUGUCUAUUCUUGUGUCAUCUUCUCAUGUUUCCAACGUCUCUCUCAGCUCAGAGAUUUUGUUUCUAAAGAAGAGAUCCAUCAAUUUACAAUGAUACCACUCUGUACUUUUAAAAGCACUCCAUGUUGGCGUUUAUAUGCGUCUCUGUCAACAACAAAAUAGGGAGGUGAUGCUUGUUAGAACUUUAAAGCUGCAUUAAUCACAUUUUGGCCACUAGAGGGCAGUUUAGCCGCAAAAAAAAAAAACAGAUACAGAGCAACUCCUCCAACAGCUAACCUGUUUGCACAAAGUUGCCUGACUAUACAGCCUGUGAAUUUUUAGCAUUCAUAUUUUUUUUUCUGUGUCCAAUAACUUGUAAGAAAAAAUAGCUUUUAGUCUUUUAGCUGCUAGCUGUUCCAACUUCUCCUCUAGCUAGCUCCAGACUCGUAAGCGCGUAGCAUUGGAUAGAAAACUUACCGCUUAACUUAGAAAUCAAACAGUACUAUAAAUGUUUCAUAAACAGCUGAUAAACGCAAAGAGUACAGUAACAAUAGUACUUUUUAACGAGGGAUUACUCACUGAAAUGCCUCUCUCACAUUACAGUCAAUAUAAUGAUUCUAAAAAGAUCUUUUUUAUGCAGCUGUAUGUUUUCUAGUUUUCAUUUCCAGCCUGCAUACCUCCAGAAAUAAAGCACCACAUAGUAUACUGUGUGACAAAAAUAGGGCCAAUUUUACCAGGUGUUUGCUCACUAAAACAUAAUUGAAAAACAACAUAUUAAAAAUCAAAAAUGCAUAGAAAUUUAAUCACCUUAAAUCAACCAUAUUGUUUAAUUACAUUUCCAUUUACGAAUGUGUAAAUGCUGCACAGUUAACUAACCUUUGGUUAAAUGGCUUUGUGCCAUGUACUUCUAAAGCAAAUUUAAGGUUAUUUUUAUGCAUUUAUUGUUUGUUUUCCCAUUGACUCUGUAUAUUAUUUUUAUGUCCUUUGUUGACUGUAAAUCAUGAAUUGUAAAUAUUCAAUUGCUGUAAUAUUAUCUGUGAAGUAUUGGGAUCAGUCGAAUGUGUUUUAUAAGGAAUUACGAUCCCUCAGACCCUCGGUGUUUUAACUCUGCUGUACAAAAAAAAAAAAAAGACAAACCAUGAGCUUAUUUUUCCUGCCAUACUGCUCUGCGCCGUAGACAACCUGUACAGAGCUGAAGCAACCAUGUUUCUAGUAUAAGGGAUAGUCUGACUCAUAUUAAAACACCUUCACUUUAUUUAUUUUACUGUAAACCAUUUCAAUAAAGUGCACCGUCACUUGUAAGGAAAACACCGUUCUCAGUCUGAAUAUAAUGUAUUAAAGUUAAAUUUCAGAAUUA